AUGUCCUCCGCAGUCCCCUUCGCCGAUCCACUCUGGCUCUCCCGCCCCAGCGCGAGCUCCCCCUACUACACCGCCUCGCACCGCCGCCUGCAGCGCGAGGUGCGGCAAUACGUCGACAGUUCCAUCGCCCCCUUUGCCGGCGAAUGGGAGGCGCAAGGCUUCGUGCCCUCAGACGUCCUCGCGCGCCACGCGCAGCUCGGCUACGCUGCCGCCUCUAUCUACCCGCUCGCCGACGCCUCUUUCGUCGCUGCCGCAGGCCUGCGUCUGCUGCCCGGAGGCAUUCCGCCGGGCGAGUGGGACGGCUUCCACGAUUUGAUUGUCAUUGAUGAGAUUGCGCGCUGCGGCUACCUGGGCGUCAUAUGGGCGCUCAGCUGCGGCAAUUCGAUCGGCGUCCCGCCGCUGCUGAAUUUCGGCACCGAGGAGCAGAAGCGGAGGUUUUUGCCGGAUGUACUUGCUGGAAGAACGCGGUUUUGUUUGGGGGUGACGGAGCCUGAUGCGGGCUCUGAUGUCGCAGGAAUCACGACUGUGGCCGAGCGAGACGGUGAUGAAUACGUAGUCAAUGGUUCGAAGAAGUGGAUCACCAACGGCAUCUUCGCCGACUAUUGUACGGCGGCCGUCAGGACGGGUGGGCCGGGGAGAUCCACGUACAUCGAGUUCGAUGACGUGAGAGUUCCAGCGGCCAACUUGCUCGGGCAGGAGAACAGAGGCUUUGAGAUCAUCAUGUCCAACUUCAACCACGAGCGCCUCUGGCUCGCCUGCACCAGCCUCCGCCUCGCCCGCGUCUGCGCCGAAGACGCCUACACCCACGCUACCACCCGCGAGACAUUCGGCAAGCCCCUCAUCGCGAACCAGCUCAUCCGCAGCAAGAUCUCGUCCUUUGGCCGCAGCAUCGACGCCACCCACGCAUGGAUGGAGCAGCUGGUCCACAUGCAAUCAUCAUCAGGUAGUGGUGGUGACCACCACCACCACCUCGGAGGCCUGAUAGCCAACCUGAAGGUGCUGGCGGCGCGCACCCUGGAGCACGUCAACCGCGAGGCGCAGCAGAUCAUGGGCGGCCUCGGCUACUCGAAGAACGGCCGCGGCGCGCGCGUCGAGCAGAUCAGUCGGGAUGUCCGGGUCUUGGUCGUCGGUGGCGGCAGCGAGGAGAUCUUGGCGGAUUUGGCGGUCAAGCAGGAGAUGAAGGCCAUGGCCGCGGUGAGGGCGAGGGAGAGCAAGUUGUAG